GACUUGUGAAAACGCUGGAAGUUUCAAAGGGACUUGUCAGUGCUGCUCUGUGGAAUGGCUGGACUUACUUUGCAUUCCCUUAUCUCAUAAAGAAUGAAGACGUUCCAAACUGAAAUUUUUCUCUUUAAGACAACUGUUUCUCCACUCUUUCCUUUCAUUGCAAGACUGGCCGGUAGUCAAGCAUCCAUAGGAUAGCUCCUUGGUGCAAAAAGGCUUUAUUUUAACGGCAAGUGAGACUCCUUCAGAUAAAAACAGCUCCAAGCUUCCAAGAAACAGUUCAGAGAAGGCAGAGACGAGCAGAAACCCUUUUUCACUGACACUCACACAGUUGCCAUGGACCUGCAUAAGCAGUGGGAGAACACAGAGACCAACUGGCACAAGGAAAAGAUGGAAUUGCUGGACCAGUUUGACAAUGAAAGAAAAGAAUGGGAAAGUCAAUGGAAGAUCAUGCAGAAAAAGAUAGAAGAGCUUUGUCAAGAAGUAAAACUUCGGAGGAAAAUCAACAUGAUUGAGCGUGCUAAGAUCAUUGAUUUUGAUCAUGAGAAGACCCUUUCAGACAAAAUGGUAGAUCCUGCUUCAAAUUAUCCCAAUUCGGGAAAAAUUGAACUUUCAGAGAUGAAUCACAGGCACGGUCUGGAAAAAGAACAUGACACAGAGCAGAGUUCACUCACUGCAGAAAAUCAAUCAUGCAAGGAACAAAAGGCAGCCGAGAUCUCCAAUGUAGGCUUUGUGAAUCCUGUGGCCACAGACAACCUAAAGGAAUGUGAGGCCGGGCCUGAUGUGGGGGCUUCUGAGAAGGAGAGCAGGAGCUGCUGUGGCGCCCUCAGCUUAGCUCUUGAAGAACUUGCCAAAGUUAGUGAAGAAUUAUGCAGCUUUCAGGAGGAAAUUCGAAAGCAGUCCAACCACAGACGGAUGAAGUCAGACUCUUUUCUCCAGGAAAUGCCAACUGUAGUUAAUACGCCUUCUGGGGACCACAUGGCCAACAAUGGAAAGUACAUCCUUCCAGUCAAUAUAUUAAAAGAAAAAGAGAAAAACAGGCGGAAUCUGAGCUUUAUAAAACUGCUCCAAAGCAAUCCUAUGAACAGAAGUGGAAUUGACCUGCAAAGAAAUGAAGCCCCACCAGUCCCUCCUCCAAGAAGCACUUCUCGAAAUUUUCCCAUCUCAUGUUCUGAAAAAGCCUAUGAAAGUUUAAAGGACUUUUUAGGUCACAACAACUGGGUGGCCCAUGAGGAUCCUCAUUUCCUUUCAGGACAGCAUAAAAUGUCUACAUUGUGUCCAGAUAAAGGGAAGAAUUUGAAAGAUGGUAAAUUUUCCUCUUUGGAACCAGAGGUGAAAAUGGAUGGCAAGCCUCCAUAUAAAGAUGAUGUUGGUCUUCAUGUGUGGUCAUAUGACACUGGGAAAGGUGCCAAAAAGAGCCCUUCUGUUCCAUGGCUUCAGAAAACCUGCUCUGCCACCAAUAAGUCAAAAUAUGAAAACAUGAUCCCUGCUCACCCUGUUAAAUCUCAUGCUGAUCCUCAUGUAAGGAAUGACGGUAGUUCCUCCAUGACACAGAGCAGUGGCCCACUUAGAAGCUUCAGUUGUGGCUUUGAAAGGACUACCAGGAAUGAAAAGCUGGCAGCAAAGAUUGAUGAAUUUAACAGAACUGUAUUUAGAACAGAUAGAAAUUGUUAUGCAAUACCGCAAAGCCAAAACUACUCAGAAUCACAUGAGGAUCUUAAGCCUUGUGACACCUUAACCACACAUAGAGGUAACAUACCAAAAACUGACAGUAUUUCCAGUAGUGUGAAAACCAGCAUCCACUUGCCUGUGCCCACAGGAAAUUUGCCUGAUAAUUCACCCAAGAAACCUACAUCUGGUCUUGUCAGACAAAUGCCAGGACCCACAGGCCUUAGCAGUUAUCAGAAUAUGCUCUACGAGCAUGACUGGAGACCAAGUAAUUUGUCUGGCCGACCAAGGUCAGCUGAUCCCAAGUCGAAUUAUGGUGUUGUGGAAAAGCUGCUGAAAACCUAUGAGACAUCAACACAGUCUGUUUUGCAAAAUUCGACAUGCUUGCAAGAUCAACGGACCAAAUGUAAUUCCAAUGUUAAUAGUGGUGCGGUAUUAAGUCAGCAUUCAGAAAUGCUCCCAAUGGAAGAAGACUUUGAGCAAAAAACAUCUGUGUGGGGGGUACCACAAGUGAAGCAAGGAGUAGAUCGGAAAAAGAUAACAGAGGAUUCCCUGGCAGUGACAUCCUCCUUCGCGAAAGGGUUUUCCCGACCUGCUAGACCAGCAAAUCGCCGCCUCCCAUCCAGGUGGGCAGCCAGAUCACCGUCAGCACCCCCUGCCCUACGGAGAACUGCCAACAACUACCCCAUUUCUCCUGGAUCUGAGGCAAAGAUGGUCUAAGUCUCU